AUGAAGUACUCGCUCGCCCCCUUCAUCAUCCGCCGGCCGUGGCUCUACAAGAUCUUCAAGCCCGCCGCCUCCUGGUACAUGAACGCCGCCGGCUACCGCCAGAUGGGUCUCCGAUAUGACGACCUCCUCGAGGAGGAGAACGACGUUGCCCAGAAGGCCCUCAAGCGCCUCAACAACCGCGAGUCCUACGAGCGCAUCUACCGUAUCCGACGUGCUGUCCAGUGCAGCUACCAGCACAAGCUCCUCCCCAAGGAGCAGUGGACCACCACCGCCCAGGACGUCCGCUACCUCCAGCCCCUCAUCGACGAGGUCGCCGCCGAGAAGGCCGAGAAGAACGAGCUCGACUCGAUUGCCGUCAUCCGCAAGCACUAA